AUGGCCAACAGAUCGAGCCACGCCAGCAACGCCAGCACCGUCAGCACCCAGCCGGAGCAGCGCCACCGUGAUAUCCUUGCCGCCUCUGCACGCGGCAAUGAGGACAAGGUCCGCUCCGUCCUGAAGGACGGGUCGCCAUGGGGCUCGACCAAGGACCGCGCCGCCCUGCGCAAGGCCCUGCAGAAGGCCUCGGCCCGCGACAACCUCGAGAUCAUCCGCCUCCUGCUUAGAUAUGGCGCCGAAGUUGAUCCGUCUACUGACGAUGAGUUCCCUGCCCUGUUCCGCGCGGCACAGAGCGGCCAGACUGCCGUGCUGCUGGAGCUCCUGGCGCAGGGCCCUGACCUGGAGGCGAGGGACCGCAACGGGCAGACCCCGCUCCUCGUGGCCAGCGGGAGGGGCCACAGGGACAUCGUCGCGAUUCUCCUUGCCCGCGGCGCCUAUGUCGACGCCAGGGACCGGGACGGCAGGACGCCGCUGCUGGCCCUGGCCGCCGAAAAGGCCUUCAACGCCACUGUGGUCGAGUUCAAGCAAUUUGGAGAGAAGCAGCGCAUCUUCAAGCACCCCGUCCAUGACGUCCUGUACGGCUGGAACCAGAAGAGCAACAAGCCCAAGGUUCCGGCCUGGACCAACAGCGCCAGAGGCGAGAACGACUUUCGUUGGAUUCAUCUCCCGACCAACAACAUCACCUGGGUGGAGACCCUGCUCACCAAGUGGUUUACCGAGUCUGGCUGUCGGGAUCUCGAGAGCUACAAGGCGCUGGCCAAGUGUUUUGAGCAGGAGCACCGCGGCCCGCUACCGCACGCCAACUUCAUGCGACCGUUCUGUCAGCGCAUCUCGUCGCUGCACCCGAGCGAUGAAUCAUCAGGAUCUGACCAUGAUAUGUUGGACAUUAGGCCCUCUCCGGUCCGGCGGAGCUCAAGCAACUUGUCCCAGAUGACCCUCUCCCCCAAGAUGCCAGGCGGGGACGGCAAGAUAGUGCUCUUUAUGCCGUAUCUGCACUACGAGACAGACGAAGGGCGGCAGAAGAUGACAGACGCAGUGAAGCUCGUGGGCGCAGCAGACCACGCCACAACGUCAAGCACCUCGCCCAAUAUGCUGCUCCUGCAGGCCUACCUACCAGGGACGCCGCAGAUCCACCCGCGACGGACCCUAGAUCAAUUCUUCUACCAUGGCAUGGACACCAGCGCCCGUGACAGAGACCAGGUGGUCUACCGGUACUGCGAGAGCACCGGCCAACAGCGCAAGGUGUUCAUGGUCGACCAGCUAUGGCUGUUUGUACUCGGGAAAGAUCUUGUUGUGACAUGUUUCCCGGGCCGCUGGGAGCACCACGUCAAAGACCCCUUGAACGUGCUGGAUGGUAUCGUGGAGGAGAUGAAUGCGAAGACCCGACCACCGAUACGGUCAGUCUACGAUCUUGCCAUCUUGAUCUCGAGCCGUUGCUCUGGAAUGUUUUCGCGUCACCGGUCAGACGAUCAGAACUACCAGUUUCUCGACAUGUUUGAGAGCUCGGUGGGCAGCGCCACUGAGGAGCUGACGCAGCUGUUCCACCGAUUCGAACAGGCAUCAACACAGUCUACACAGUGGCUGCGGCCCAAGCGCCGGUCCAAGCUUCGUGACAGCCUGCGCAAGCACAAGACGAACGAGCACGAAUCGUUCGACCCCCUGCUGGACAUCAGGACGGAGACGUCACUGUUGACCGAGGUCAGGGACAUACGCGACGAGCUCAACAUCCUGACGAUGGUUCUCAAUUCGCAGCUGUUCACUCUCGGAGACCUGCGGAGCUGCCUGAUCGACGAGCUCAGCGCGGGCCACAGCUCGAGCCGCAAGGUCAGCAACUUCGUUCUGGACAUUCGCAAGCGCACGCUGGACCAAGAACGGCGGCUCAAGGUGCACAAGCGGGACAUCGACGCCAUGGACGAGCAGGCAGACCGGCUGUACAAGAGUCUGACAGACCUGCUGGACCUCAAACAAAAGCACUCCAACGCGCUGGAGGCGCGCUUCUCGAGCGAGCAGGCGCUGUCCGCCGCUAAAGAGGGCCAGACGGUCAUGGUCUUCACCAUCGUGACCAUCAUCUUCAUGCCCAUGUCUUUUAUUGCCGCCUACUUUGGUAUCAGUAUUGACACCUGGAGCGACGGCCUCUCGCCCACGUAUGUCGCCACCUGGACCUUUGGUGGAGGUCUGGCCAUCUCGAUGGUGUUCAUCCUCAUGGCCUUUACCGUCGUCGACAUCACCAAGGCUGCCGAGACCUUUUACGCCUUUACAAAGAGGCACUACAAUAAUAGUGGUAAUAGAAGGUGGGGGAAGAAUGGCUCGCAGGUUCCUGUGCCGCCGCCCACAGCAGCCCGUGCCCUCGACAUGCGGCCUUCGUACGAGCGCUCUAUGCCCCUAGCCGGCAGGAGUAACGAGACAGUCGUGUGGCGCGGCGAGGCGGAUGACGGUGGCGGUGGCGAGGGCAAGAUGUACAGGCAAUACACGAAAGCGUCGGGCGUCAGCGCGCUGUCGAGGACGCUGUCGCAUGUGUCCAGCCCGGGCAGGAAGGAGUAUCUUGCUGAGGACGACCUGGAGACGGGGGCCGGGGGAGGGGGAGGAACCAAGGGGGCGUAUCUGCGGCCGUGA